UCCAGUUCGUCAUCAAGAAGCCGAUCUUUUCAAUGCACAAAUUGAAAUAUUUUAUAACACGAUGACCAAACGACCCCUGAAACCGAAGAAAUUCACCCCAUCCAAUCUCUCGAGUGUCGACCCGCUUCCGGUGGACUCGGUGGACGAACAAACCGAGAAAAUCGUAGGUAUUUUUACCGGUCUCUCUGUGGAAGUAUGCAACCCGGAAGCAAUGCUGCGACUCUCGUUUGGCGGAUGUUUCGGACAGGGAACGCUAUCGCGUUCAUUCCCAGUGUCCGUACGAAAUCAUGGCUUGGCAAACACUCAACCGAAAGUAACACGCGAGAGACAGCUCGAGAGGCGGAAAGAAUGGAAACGGAAGUAUGAUUUAUGUGCCGGUAAUAGCAGUGAGGACAUUUGUGUGAUGGAUGAAGAAACUGAAAAGCAAUUGGCUGCUGGAAUCAUCAGUAGAAAACAGCUGAAACAUGUCGUAAUGCGGAAGCAGGAAAACCCCUUUCCUGUGGCGGAAAAUUUGAGCCUAGGCUAUGAGGAAACAUUGUUUCUAAUUAAAGAAUUGAAGUGCCUAGAAGUUCGGACUUUGGAAGGACUGCUUUUACCACAAGAGCAGUUAAUUGAAAGAUUUGUGAGCAUUAAACGUAGUUUCAUUCCAUCUUACGUUGCAUUUAUAUAUCUCAAAGCGAGGAAUUGGGUUAUAAAAAGUGGAUUGAAAUUUGGAGGUGAUUUUCUUAUCUAUCAUAAAGGACCUCAGUUUUUUCAUGCUUCCUAUGUCGUAUUGGUGCAACCUUAUCGGGACAAUGAACGGCUAGGGAACAUUCAUUACAUGGACAAUCACGAUUUCCAAGCGUUCAAUAGAAUUGCCGAAACCACUGCCAAGGAUCUUCUGAUUCUAGAAGUUCAUUAUCCGACCAGUUUAGAUCCUGCUGACUAUGUUACGUGUAUGGAUCGGUUAACAGAAUUCAAAGUGAGUGAAACAUUUCCAAAACAUCAUAAUCCAACGGCUUCUCGUAAUAAAAAAGAUUGUAAGUAGAAUAAAAUUCACAAUGUUCCUUUAAAUUAUAAACUUUUGUUACAAAAUAAUAAGAUACCGCAUAACAGUCCCUAUUGGGAAGUCUGAU